GUCUGAAAGUUGUGGGCGUGUUUUGGCGGGUGGAGUAUUGCACUUACUGAAGGCAGGCAGCUCAGGCAGCACAGAGUAAAUAAAUUACUGCUACAGCAACACACAGCGGCAGCACGCGCACGGCAACUCACUAAAAUAUACAUGCUUUAAAAUCAUUUCAAAAAGUUUCGUGUGAGAAGUGCGUGGGGUUCAUACGUCAUAAAGUGCGUGAAAGGACUCCAGCGGAUUGUUUGGACACGCAACGAAGGGAAUGGCAAGCAGCACCUGAAACCUGUUGCGUUUGACACAAAUGCGAAACGUAAUUUUGUCAUUUUUGUACUCUUAAUAUAUCUAAAAAGUAGUUAUUUUUGUACAUCAGUACAUUUCUUUCACAUCUUUUGUUUUAUUUAUUUUUUACGCUUUUUUGGUUUUGAAUCUCUUAACCUUUCGCCGGAUUUCGUUCACCUGCGGAGUAGAAUUUCAAACAGAGCCGAAGGGAAACAAGACGUUUAAAAUGUUACUUUACAGCAAAGAUUUCGGGGGAAAUGAACUUUCCACCUUCACCCGGUUUGCUCGGUGAAUGAUUGACCAUUCAGUCCACGGAUGCGCGUGCUUUUCCACGCCCGUGUGUUUGAAAUGCGCGCACACACUUCGAGUACAGUGCGCGCGCUCGGUGUCUGGAAUGAAACUUCACUGUGAUUUACAACCUUGUGGACUGUGGACAUGCUGCUGGAGCUAUUAAGGUUUCCUUUUGGGAUUUCUUCAGCAAUAAAUUAAAAAGAAAGAAAGGAAGAGAGAGAGAGAGGAAAAAGUGAGCUGAGAAAAUACUCAAAAGAACUGAAAUGAGUCUUUAUUUCAAUAUGAGGAAACCUGCAGAUUUCACUUUGGAGGUGCACCUGGUUGGAUUUUGGCUAUGUAUUCUGCUCCUGUUGCAACUGUCUUGGCACGGCGAUGCUGCCUCUAAGGAUAUAGUGUGCGAGCCCAUCACCGUACCAAUGUGCAAAGGUAUUGUUUACAACCAAACGUACAUGCCCAACCAAUUCAACCAUGACACCCAGGAGGAAGUCGGCUUGGAGGUGCACCAGUUCUGGCCACUGGUUCGAAUCCGUUGCUCCCCAGACUUGCUUUUCUUCCUCUGCAGUAUGUACACUCCCAUAUGUCUUCCGGACUACAAAAAGCCCCUGCCACCGUGCAGAUCCGUGUGUGAGAGAGCUAAGAGGGGCUGCUCUCCACUCAUGAUCCAGUAUGGGUUCGAGUGGCCAGAGCGGAUGAAUUGUGAGCAGCUCCCCGUGCUAGGCGAUACCGAUCGACUUUGUAUGGACGAGAACAGCAGUGAGACCACAACUCUAUCACCUCUCUUCCCCAAACCCACCCCCAAAGGAACCCCAAAGCACAAAGCCACUGCAAAAUCCGCUUCGGUGCAGAAGUGUGACCGCGAGUGCCGUUGCAGAGACCCCCUGGUGCCCAUCAAAAAAGAAGCACAUCCUCUUUAUAACCGUGUGCACGUUGACUCUUUACCCAACUGUGCUUUGCCUUGCCACCAACCCUACUUUUCCUCGGAUGAACGGACGUUCACGACCUUUUGGAUUGGCCUGUGGUCGGUGCUGUGCUUUGUCUCCACGCUUACCACAGUGGCCACUUUUCUUAUUGACAUGGAGCGUUUCAAAUAUCCAGAGCGGCCUAUUAUCUUUCUGGCUGCUUGUUAUCUGUUUGUGUCGCUGGGUUACAUCGUACGGCUGCUUGCGGGCCAUGAGCGAGUGGCUUGCGAGGGCUCUGGCGAUCAACAGCACAUCCUCUACGACACCACGGGUCCAGCCCUUUGCACGCUGGUCUUCCUGCUCAUAUACUUUUUUGGAAUGGCCAGCUCCAUCUGGUGGGUGGUGCUGUCCUUGACUUGGUUCCUGGCUGCAGGGAUGAAAUGGGGAAAUGAGGCCAUCGCAGGUUACUCACAGUACUUCCACCUUGCCGCCUGGCUCAUGCCUAGCGUGAAGUCCAUUGCUGUGCUAGCCUUAAGCUCGGUGGACGGCGACUCAGUGGCCGGUAUCUGUUACGUCGGCAACCAAAGCUUGGAGAGCCUGCGUGGCUUCGUGUUGGCACCUUUGGUUGUUUACCUCUUUACCGGCACCCUCUUUCUGCUUGCUGGCUUCGUUUCGCUUUUCCGAAUCCGGAGCGUCAUUAAGCAGGGAGGGACAAAGACGGACAAGCUGGAGAAGUUGAUGAUUCGCAUUGGGCUCUUUACCGUCCUUUACACUGUGCCUGCAACUAUCGUGGUGGCCUGCCUGGUUUACGAACAGCAUUACAGGCCGAACUGGGAGCGGGCACUGGCCUGUUCGUGCCCGUCCGAACGACAGCGGUUGGGCGUGGGCCCAGACUAUGCCGUCUUUAUGCUAAAGUAUUUCAUGUGUCUCGUGGUAGGCAUCACCUCAGGUGUGUGGAUCUGGUCAGGAAAGACUCUGGAGUCCUGGAGGCGCUUUGUGGCACGGUACGUCCCCUGUAAGUCCCGUAAGCCACCCGUAUCAGCCUCAUCCAUGUACAGCGAGGCCAGUACUGCUCUUACAGCCCGAGCCGGCACGACACCCACUGGGACCUACCACAAAUCUGCUCCAUCAUCACACGUGUGAACAUUGUCCCAGUGCUUUAGAAAUCCUGCAAACAUCAAACGUUUGCAGGUCAUGACUCUGAAUGAGCAGGUGUCUGUUCGACCUUGCAAUGACAUCUCUACAGGUUCCAGAAACGGCACAGAUACACUAUUAUGAAGGAUUUUUUACAGACUGUUAGCUAUCAUUCAUGGAUCUAAUGUGGACAGGAAUGAAAACUGUGAUGUGUAAAGUUCAACAUACUUUUACAGUUGUCAUUAUGAUCUUAGCCAUUUUCUGUGAAUUUUAGAACACGAAUUAUUGAAAAAAAAAGUCAGAGGUUAAUGCUUAAUAUGAACCAAGAAGGUUCGUAAAUGAAAUGCUACAAUUUGAGGAGUUUGUGGUGAAAUUUUAUUUAUUUGUAUUUUUGUAAAUAUGCUAUUCGAGAACAUUGUGAUAAUGCAGGUAGCUGUCGCUCUGUUGUGUUUGUGACUUUAUCAGCAUAUUUACAGGAUGUAGGUUGGAUGUUUUUUGUAACACCAUCCUGAUCUAAUUUACAAAUGUAUUUUAUUAGUAAAAUGUAAAUAGAUGCUUGCAUGGCUUCUCUUGUGAGGGAGAACAACCACUGUGCAGAUGAAUACAACAUGUAAGAAAAUGGGAGGAGAAUGCUUUAGUUUGGUGUUUGUUGCAUACGCCAGACCCGUUUAGCUAACUAUGAUUUAGUGUUCAUUGGUGCCCUUCAACGUCUCCCUUAGUUAAAGGGAUAUUUCACCCAAAAAUGAAACUUUGGUCAUCUUGUACUCACCCUCAUGUUGUUCUGAACCUGUAAGAGUUUUUUAUUCUGUUGAACACAAAAGAAGAUAUUAGGAAAUAAAUGAUAGUAUGCACACAGUUGACAGUACUCAUUGACUUCCAUAGUAUUUGAUUUUCAUACUAUUGAAGUCAAUGGGUACCGUCAACUGUCAUUUAUUAAAAUAUAUUUUUUAUGUUCUCAAACUCAUACAGGUUUAGAACAACAAAGGGUGAGUAAAUGACCAAAGUUUAUUUUUUUGGUGAACUAUCCCUUUUAACUGACCAUGUAUUUUAGAUUCUCACAGCCGUCCCUGCGCUGGUAAUGGAUAGUCGGUUAGCAUCCGUUGGACAGUGUUAAAUGAUGGGAUGUAUCAAUAGGGCAGUUCAGAAAGUCUGUACCACUAUAAUCUGAUCUUGACUUCCCUCUGGUGGUCAGUAGUUCAACCUCUGCAUGAGGUUUAGAUGUUACCUAACUUUGUUGACCGUAUCAAAGAUAGGGUAAAGCCAAAUAUUAACAGGUUACAAACAUUGGAGCAUGUCACAUGCUUAUUUGGAUCACAAAUUUCUCAUUAUGGUGGAUUGCAUUUUUGCUGUCUGAGAUAAUCUUGUUCACCUCUGUGUAGAUUUUUGUAAAUGUCUAUGUUUUGGCUUAAUUUUUACUAUCCAAGCUGGUGUAGAAAAACUUUUCCACUACUAAAUUAAGAUUUUAAAUUAUCCGAGAUGAACUCUAAACUGAUUAUAUAGUUACACCACUUACAGUUUUGUGGUGUGUGUAUAUAAUUGUUUGGCUCUAUUCAUUUGUAAAUCUUGUAAGAGUCUAGCCUAUGACUUUGUACAUAUUUUGUUUAGCUAGAAAUAUCAAAUUCAGUGCUACAAUUUUAAAGAGAUUCUUAGAUAUUUAUAAAAAGCGUUUUACAUGUUUCUUUCGUUUCUCUUACUGGUAGAGAAUAAAAGUGAGCUGCAAUCUGUGAACCUGCAAA